CUCAGGUGAGAAGAGACCAGCCAAAGAAAGAAAGAAAGAAAGAAAGAAAAAAUAUAAAUUAAGUGGAGACAGUGUGCACUGAAAAGAGGAGGAUAAACAGUUGCAUCCCUGCAAAAUUUCCCUAAACCACAAGAUCAUUUACUCAGUCUGACCCUCCAGAAUGUGGCUCCAGGUGUCUCUCCUCUGUCUGUCCUGCUUAAGUCUGCCCAGCCAAAGCCAGGCCCAAGACCGAGCCGUCCUCCGCCGAUCCAAUGACCACGGCGGGCGCUGCCACUACACCUUCACCGUGGCCAGUCCAGAGGAGUCCAGCUGCUCCGGAAGCAGCAUGAAACCAGAGAUGGAUGGAGUCUUGUCCCGACUCACCCUGCUCGAGGCUUUAGUCAGCCGUCUGAUAGCAGGAGUGGAUGGCGGUGCCGGGAGUGCCGGGAGUGGGGUGAGGGCUAACGGUGAAGAGGGUUUCCCGGAAGAUUACUCCCAGGUAACAAGGGAAAAAAACCAGCUGCAGCAGGACAAGGAGCGUCUGAACGGGCAGGUCCAGGAGCUGCAGAGGAGGCUGGCCGAGCUGAGCCAGGAGGCAGAGAGCCUCAGGCAGAAACCCUGCCAGCAGACACACACCUCAGGGGGGACUCAGUAUGAAAACAGACCUGCAAGUGACCCUGCAUAUGAUUUGGGGAAAGGUGCAUACCAGGAGAUGAAGGCUGAGCUUACGGAGGUUGCAGCAUCCCGCCUCAUUCCUGAAGGAAAUCACAACUUCACAGAUAAAUUUGGAGUUUUACUGAUGCCAAUAACAGGCUGUGAAGCGCUGCAGUCAGUGGGAGAUCCUGUGUUGCACAGGAAGGCUGACAGCAUUACAGGGAAGUAUGGAGUGUGGCUGCAGGAUCCCGAGCCUCAGGGCCUUCUUUACACAAACGAGACUGUGUGGCGUAUCGACACAGUUGGUAAAGAUGUCCGUCAGCUCUUCGCCUAUGAAGACAUGGAUCAAUUAUCCCAAGGCUUCCCUAUGAAGGUCAUGGUCUUGCCAGAGCCUAUGGAGAGCACAGGGGCGACCAUGUUCCGUGGCUCCCUUUACUACCAGCGCAAACGCAGUCGCACCCUGAUCCGUUAUGACCUGACGUCUGAGAGCCUGGCGUCACGCGUGGAGCUGCCUCACGCUGGCUUCCAUGGCCAGCACCCUUACUCCUGGGGCGGUUACACUGACAUCGACCUGGCGGCGGACGAACAGGGCCUGUGGGCUAUCUACAGCACAAGCAAGGCAAAGGGUGCAAUUGUGAUUUCCCAGCUGGACCCCGAGAGCCUGGUUGUGAAGAGGAGCUGGGAGACCAACAUCAGGAAGAACACAGUGGCCAAUGCUUUCAUGAUGUGUGGACGCCUUUACACAGUAGCCAGCUACACUGCACCCAACACCACCAUCAACUACGUGUUUGACACGGCCACCGGCAUGGGGGGGGCUGUUGCUGUGCCCUUCAAGAACAAGUACCGUUACAACAGCAUGGUGGACUACAACCAUGCUCAGAGGAAGCUGUACGCUUGGGACAACUUCCACAUGGUCACCUAUGACGUAAGACUGGGCAGGGCGAGCCAAGGCAGCAUCUAAAGAAGACACAGACAGAGAGAAACGGCUGUUUACACGCAAGAGAAAGUGAAUGAGAUAAAACAUAUAAUCAUUUGCAUUGUACUGAGGUUAUUGCAAGUCUAUAUGUUUUCACAUUAUUAAAACCUUUU